AUGGCAGGUCUUUCGGUUGCAGCUAACGCUUUCUCUGUCGUGGGACUGGUCGAUAUCGUGUACCGUCUCGGGGUCAAUACUGCCGAUCUAUGCUCUCGCUAUCGAAACGCCUCGCAAGACAUCAGUAGCUUGGUGGAUGAGCUCCAAGCUUUUGUUGCAACAGUCGCUCAAAUCCGACUUUAUUUGGAUGAAUAUCGCCAGUCACCUUAUGCGCAGGAAGAUGGACAAACUCCUCCACAACAGCUUUUCAAAAUUCUAUCCGAUUGCGAAACCGAACUUCAGGAAUUAGAGCGAUUUGCUGGUGAGAAUGAGAUUAGGCCGGAUGAUGGGGUGGCAGUACAAAUGAUGAAAAGAUGGAGGUGGACCUCGCAUCAGGUUCAUGUUUCGAAAUCUCGUGAAAAAAUCAAGUACCUAAACAUAAACCUCCAAGCAAACUUGAUGAUUAUGGGAAGGGAAAAUGAUAUAGUCCUUCGCAAUGAGCUCAAAUCGACUAGGACAGACAUCACCGCGGCCGGAUCAACCGUACAACAGGCCUUCCUUAAACUGGAAGGUAACUUGACUAAAAAGCAGGAAAAUACCAAUACGCUCAUUCAAACUCAGACUACCCUCAUGUCCCGAUUGUUAAAACAAUCUGACGAACAUCACAUAAACAUAGAAAGCAACAUCAUUUCAAAUCAAAAGGAAGCCAAUUUGCUCUCUCAAAAACAGACUACUCUGAUACAUCAGCUGAUCAAGAUGACCGACGAUCAAAAUCAUGAACUCCGGAAACAGAUUUCCAAUCUAACCCUGGAACAGACCGAAGAUGAUGAUUUCAUAUUUCAAGGAGAUAAUCUCGGUUCCAUUGUUCUUCCGCUGCUGUUGAUGAAGUCUGAUUUGUUCAAAACAGUCAAGACUCUUCAGGAAGAGGGCGUUCUCAAAGUUUCUCGUUUGGAGGCAGAGUGGAUUCUACAGCAAGUUGACAAUCUACUUGCAAAGAGCCACGAAGCAGCUGCCAGAGACUUGAAAGGAAAAGGUUUAACAGAUGCCAAAAGAACCAUCACUGGGUUAUUUAACAUGAACUCAAGAAAUUGCUUGCCGAAACACGGACAAGAAAAAUUCGCCGCGAGUCAAAAAGUGUCUACAAUCGACCAAAUCGGUCGUAUCAAUCAUACAUCUGCCAUAUAUACUUCGUCAGGCGUACUCAUUCUGCAAGCCGGCCCUUCAAACAAGCAUUUGAAGCAUUUCCAAGGUUCGGCGGAGAUACAAGUAUUCCGGUUAUCUUUUUUUCCCAAGCUCGAAUAUUCUUCGGUCAAUAUUUCUAUGCUAUUGACGAAUGAGUCCGGACGGAACAUGCAGCUACAGAUCCCACGACUCAUCCAGACAUUCAACACUAUCCCUUACUCCGCAGAAAUUAGUGGCGUCAUCUUCAAUGACGAUGUUGGAGGUCUGGAAAAGAUCUUCAGAGGUGGACAGGCGUCACCCAACGAUAGGCUUGUCAUCCAAGGCAUCGGUAUAUCCCUUUUUCAAUUAGCUUUCAUGUCUCAAAGCGACUCGGUAUGCGAAUUUCUUUUCCAGGAAGGAGCCUCAGCCUCCUUGUUGAAUCCAAUUAUCAGAAUUGCGGCAACCGAGCUUCUCGAGGAUCCAAAUGUUCACCUCGCCAUCAACAAGUUCCGCGAUAUUUUCUCUUCUAUGGUUGAAAUGGGUUGUGAGCUCGAAGGACGCGAUCUAGAGGGCAAUACUGCCUUGCUCAAAGCUUGCGACCUGCCAGAUUGGAAUAUGAUAGCUGCACUUAUCGAUAUAGGAGCAGAUGUCAAUGCAACUAACAAGUAUGGGGGCGGCGUUUUACAUCAGUUAUUACAUGGGCUGAGAAUAAACUACGACUUUGAUGAGUUCAUCAAAUCCGAGGCCAUCCUCUAUCGUGUACUAGGAAUCCUGUUGGCCAAUAAAGCAGACCCGAACCACCUCAGUGAUUUUGGAACAAGUCCAUCGGAUUAUGCUUUAGGGCAUUCUAGAAGACUCGAGGUUUUGUGGGAGAGAGCUGUUGAACACGCAGGAUACAAGGCAUCUCUUAUAGAGAUUGUGCUAUCUGAAUGUGGACACAAAAACGAGGUUAUGAUUGUAGUGUCUGCCGGGUUAGAAUUCGACAACAACAGUAUACUUCCAAUCUCUAACAUUACAGUGGAUGAAUGGCUGGAACGGCGUUAUGAGCCUAUUUCUGAGGUUCCCAAGUGCCUAGAGUGUAUGAAAAGCGAAGGUCAGAAUGCAGUUCAGGAAAUUUAG